GUGAUCUACUAAUGACCCAACAUUAGUUAGAUUAGAAAGCAUGCAAGAGAUGUGACGUGGCAAUACAUGAGAAGGUUCGUCGAAAGCAAGCAAAAGUAAAUUUUCGUCGUCCAUCUGAAGACUGUAUGACUAUAAAUACAACAUCAUAGUAGUUAAGUCGUCCCCAUGUCAAAACCCUAUGUAAGCUCACAAACACAUCACACCAAGAUUCUUGGAGAUAUAUCUUUCUUUUUAUAGUCACUCUUGUAAAUGGGAGCCAUGGUGGAUGCCAAGAAGGCGUUAGCGAUUGUACUGAUCAGCGUCCUCGUAUCACUCCUCGCCGGUGCCCCCACGGUGGUCCAAGCCUGUCUACCCUCCGAUCGCGCCGCGCUUCUCGAGUUCCGAUCAAAGCUCAAAGAGCCAUACAUUGGCGUGUUCAAGACGUGGAAAGGCCAAGACUGCUGCAAAGGCUGGUACGGCGUGAGCUGCGACCCCAAAAGCCGCCGAGUCUCCGGCAUCACCCUCCGCGGAGUAUCCGAGGAGCCGAUUUUCCAGCGGGCGAAACGGAAGGGAUUCAUGACCGGCACCAUCUCGCCGGCGUUAUGUAAACUCACUCACCUCUCCGGGAUCAUCAUCGCCGACUGGGAGGGAAUCUCCGGCGUAAUUCCGAGCUGCAUCACAAAUAUUCUUGCCAUGAGACAUUUAGAUCUCGUCGGGAAUAAAAUCUCCGGCGUGAUUCCGGCGAAUAUCGGGAAGCUGGUGAAGCUAAGAGUGCUGAAUCUCGCCGAUAAUAAAAUAUCCGGUGGGAUUCCUCCGUCGAUCACGAGGUUAACGAUGUUAUCGCAUCUGGAUCUCGUGAACAACAAUCUCUCCGGAGUUAUACCGGGAGACAUCGGCCGGUUAAAGAUGCUGAGUCGCGUUCUCUUAACCGGUAACAAACUCUCGGGUCAAAUACCCGAAUCUUUAACCCGAAUCUACCGUCUCGCGGAUCUUGAGCUCUCCAUGAACCGAAUCACCGGCUCGAUACCGACUUCUAUGGGGAAAAUGUCGGUGCUCGCGACGCUUAAUCUCGACGGGAAUUUAAUCUCCGGCGCCAUUCCGGGGACUCUGAUGAACUCGUCGAUCUCGAAUUUGAAUUUGAGCGGGAACCUUCUCGCGGGAAAGAUACCGAACACGUUUGGGCCGAGGUCGUACUUCACGGUGCUGGAUCUUUCGAACAACCGUCUGCAGGGAGCGAUUCCGGGGAGUAUCACGACGGCGUCGUUUAUAGGCCACCUCGACGUGAGCCAUAACCAUCUUUGUGGGAAGAUUCCGACAGGAUCUCCUUUCGAUCAUCUGGAAGCGACGUCGUUUGCUUACAAUAGCUGUCUCUGUGGAAAGCCUCUCGGGAAGUGUCGGAAAUAAUUUAAUCAAAUCAUUAAGAAGUGAUUUGGGGUAAUCAAAAGCUUGAUUUCGGAUAUGUUUAUUAUAUACUGUUACGUUAAUACAUUAUAUUCAUGUUGUAACUAGCCUGUUGGAAGAGGCAAAGCUAUAUAUAUAUAUAUAUAUAUUUAUAUAUACACUAGCCCAUGUGUUUGAUGUUAAGUUUAUAAAGAACAUAAAAAUAAUAAAUUAUUUAUCACAGUUUUAGGACUUUUUUUGAUGAAAUAUUACAUUUAUUGAUCAUCAGGAAAAUAAUGUUUAUUUACAACAAAUAGCUAAAAAUAACCCAAAUCAAACUACUGAGAUCUAAUUAUGACUCACAUACGGGCACUAAACCAAUGUUGCAUUUUAGGAAUUUUUUUUGCGUAUAUUGUGAGAUUUAUUUUAGAAAUAAAAAUUCGUUUCUCCACAUAAUUUCCAGUUAAUAUAUGUAUUUUAAUAAUCAUAGUGCAUAUGUGAAUUGUUAUAUGUAUUUAGGGUUAAAUAAAAUCUAUGACAUUCUAUAUCAUAUUAUUAUAUCAUUUGGAAAAUUUAUACAUCCAACCUCACCCCUAUAUACUAAAUCAUAAUCAAUAAUCACUAACUCCUAAAUUUAAAUGUUAACAAUAUUUUUUCUUAAAGGGUAAUAUUAAAAAGUGGUAUCGAAGUUACAGUAUUUCAAGUAAUUUUCCUAGUUUUCUUCAUUUUGGAUUUGUAUUUUUUAUAUAGGUGUUUUAUUGUUAUUACAAAAAUAUAAUAAGAUGACGAUGAAGCUUGAUUUUUUUUGACCAAACACAUAUAAAAAUCACACACGAUGACAAUAAUAAUAAUCUAUUUUGUAUGACCAAACACGAAAAUAUAUCAAACAUGUGUUUUGAUUUUCGUAUGACCAAACACAUAUAAAGACCAAUCACGACAACAUUGUAAUUUUUGAUUUUUGUUAAUUAAACAGUUUUAGUAUCAUGUUUGUCAUCAAAUUCUUUUUUAAAAAUUACUAUUGAACAAGUUUUUAAAAUUUUCUUUUUGUUAAGAUUUAUACAAAAAAGGAAAACAUUCUAUUUUUAUAAAUCUAUUUUAUUUAGAAUUAAAAUUUUCUUUUUAAAAAUCAUAAACCAAAAUGAACUAUAAUUAUGCACAUAUAUAUAUGAUUAAGUUCUCUCAUAUUUUGAUACCAAACAUAAAAAGAGAUACAAGAAAAAUAUUAGGUGAGUUUUUAUGCAUGUUCUUUUACAUUUUGCGUGUUCUUCUUUUUUUUGGAUGUCACGUGUUGAAGAAAUAGCUAGAUACUAGGUGAUAACCCGCGUCCUGCGCAGAAUGAGUGAUUAAAAGAGAUUAUUACUUUUAAUCUAUAGAUAUUAUAAAGUAAAAAUAUAUAGUCACAAAUAUUAGAUAUAAUAAAAAAUUGAACGAAAUUAUGCGGAUUUAUAUACUGUAAUUGGUUAGGUGUAGUUGAAGUAUAUUAUAUGGAAAUAAAUCUUUAAGCGUAAGCAAAUAAUUAAAUAAAUUUAUUAUAAAUUUAAGAUAAAACAACACAUAGGAAUAUAAAUAUUACUUUCAUAAUAAAAAUUAUGAUAAUAUGAAACGAAACAUAUGUAAUAGAAUAAUAAAAUACAAAAGCAACAAAUUAUAAAGAAACAAAUAAAAAAACUGAUAAAACCACAACUAAUGUGAAAAAUGUCUUUAGAACUCUAGGUUUGCAAUCCUAGAAAGAGAAAUAACAAAGAACUCAAGGCUACGUAUUUAUAUACGUUAAAUUAAUCUUCUGAACUCAAUCUCACCCUAAUUAUAUAAAAUAUUCACUAAUUAUUAUCACAAAACUUGCACUUUAAUCCCCUUUAAAAGCUUGCCUUAAUACACGAUAAUAAUAAAUCAAAGAAGAUCAAAUUAGGUAAAUACUAUCAUACACAAAUGAUGUAAUCAAUUCACUUUAUUUUUAAACACUUGUAACGAUAUCACCUUCGAUUUCGGGAUGAUAUUUAAACAACAAAAUCAUGUGAUAUAAUUUUUAAAAUCUGAAUACAUAAUCUAACUUUCUUUAUAUACAACUGUAAUUGCAGAUGAAUGCUUAAUGAUUAUAAAAAAUCAAUCAAUUAAAAUUAAGAAUUGAUAUGUAAUUUAAUUUGUCCUAGCAGAAUAAUCUAACUUUCUUUAUAUACAACCGUAAUUGCCGGUAAAUACUUAAUGACUUUAAAAAGACAAUCAAUGAAAAUUUUGAAUUGAUAUCUAAUUUAAUUUGUCCAAGCGGGCUAAUGAAUUUUUCAAAUUCAACAUAAUAACAUACGUAGCUAACCGGUCAAUGUUAUAGCUUAAUACAUCUUUUGAUAUAUUCAAUAUAACUAUACCUAUAAUGAGUUUAUAUAUGUGAGGUUGAUAUAAAAAAAAUUAAUAUAUGACCAUUGGACAAUAAGGAUUUCUGAAAUAAAAAAAUAUUAAUACAAACCGUAUAGAGCAAGCAGUCAUAUAGCUCCUUCUACAUUUUGAAAAUAUUGAAAUUGCCUUAUAGUUGAUAUCAUUUAAGUUAGACGAACAUUCUUACUUAUACAAAAACAAAUUUGUACUUGAGAUUUCUAUAUUCUCAAAGAUGAUAGGCGUUUCGAGCUAUAUUCGAUUUUUAUUUGUACUUAUAUAUCAUAAAGAUGAUAGGCGUCUCGAGAUAGAUGAGAAAUAUUUCUUGAACUAAAACCUGUGUUAUACUACUUUUACUAAAAUAUAUUUGUAUCUACUUGAUGAAUAUAGAAACCUAAGGAGACUACAAAAAUCAAUAAUAAAAGAGACAUUCUAUCAAUACGAAGGAGGCUGCGUGAGAAAUGGGUAAUGAAUGAUCAAAUGAGUUAUCGAUUAUAUAGAUAGAAAUCAUAUAAUAUAUUAUGUUAAGCUAUAUUGUAAUGAAUAAUGGCAAUAUAUGUAAUUAGUCUAAUGAGGAGAAGGCUUUUAAUUAAAGGGUGUGAGAGUGAUUCUAGUGUUGACACCUAAGAAAUGACAAUUUGGUUAAUAACACAUGAGGUCAAGGUUAGUUUAAAAUAAUGCUCAUCAAAUAAUAAAAAAGAUCCUGAUUUUCACAUUAAACUGAUGUUGAUUUUAAAAAAAAAAAUUGUCAUGCUGCCGUAAGUUAGUUAUUGCCACAGUUAUAUUUAGGCGAUUGUACAUAUAGACGUUAUGAUGUUGUACGUAAUUUAAUGGGGAAGUUAAUGUGACUAGUAUGCUUAUGUGUGUUUAUUCUUAUCGACAUAUAAAAUUGGUUAUGCUGUUGUAGAUAAGUUAUUGCCAAUAUAAAUUUAUUACCUUAUGUGUGAUUAUGUUAAUGUGUGAUUGUUCUAUUUAUUUCUAUUUUCUAACUUAAAUUGUUAUUUAAUUUUGUUAUCAGGAAUCAUCAAAAAAACAAUGGGGGAGGGUGAUUGGUUGGGAUGUAGAAGGUGAUUUUAACUUUAAUUUUUAUUACAGUUUUUAAAUCUACCGAUCAUUCUUUAUAUUGAUUUUUAAAGGUACAACCAAAAAAAAUAAAGUUAAAGCCAAAAAACAAACAAAAUAGCUGUAAAAAUCAUAUUUUCUAAAGUCGCAUUUUUUUAACUUUAAGAAAUUUUAAAACUACAUCCUUUAAAUCUAAAUAAAAAAAAUCAUGCAGACUAAAUUUUAAAGUAAAUUUUAUGCGGUUACAACCUAACGAUAAAUUCAAAAAGUUAUUUAACUAUAGAUCAAUUAAAAAAAUCUCAACAAGUUUGUAUAUUUCCUUGCCAACCAAAUUACUCUCAACAAAUCUCCACGUGAUUAAGAUCUUUAAACAAAACUUAAUUAAAAAUGAAAGAAAAUAAACACAUGCAUCUUUUCAAUAUUCUUUGUAAUGCAACAACAUCUAAAUCAAAAAGUU